CUCGAAUCAGUUGAAAAUUGUCGGUUGGCCGUUAGACAGUGCUCGGGAAGAUCUCCCAAGGAGUGGUUGUCUGAUCCUACUCAGUUCUGUUGUGAGUGAAGAACCAAACGAAUAAUAGAUACUCGCAUGUGCUGGUGAAACAAUAGUGAAAGUGGUACUGGCAGAAGUGCAAAUUUCGUUGCUAUGAAAUAAUGCAGAAGUGUGUCCCCGACAUUAGUGACUAGUCCUGUUGAAUAUAUUCAUCCUUGAAUAAGAAACAAAUCUAAAUUAAUUCAAAUAUCAAUGUGGUUACCGAGAUGAAUAUAAAGAUGAUACCAUUGCUCCUAUAUCAAGGGAGCAUGAAGACUCGAAUAAGAAGCAGAUGGCGACCAACGAGGCGAUCCAGUGACCCACUCAUCUUGCUUUACGUCUUGGCGAUUGUCUUCAAUUAUUCCGCGUUGCUGGUCUCAGCUGCAACACCCAAUCAAAAUGGCUUUACUGACCUUAUCCGCGAGUUUGGGAUGUACGAUUUACCUGCUGGCAUCAACACGACGUUGGGGAUGUGCGGGACAACGAAGAAUUCUUACCAAGUUCACCCCUCACCUGCCUACACUAUCAACCGAGAUACUAUCUUAACGAUUGGAAGCAAUCAGGCGUUCCCGAAUGGGUUCCCGGUUGACUUUUCGAUACUCCUUGUAAUUCGUCCUACCUUGGGGUUGGAAAAGGUGCCAAUCUUUACAUUCUACUCUUCGGACAGUGAGGAGGUGCUCUCGAUGCUGGUGGGGAAGGAGAUAGCGUUGUUCUACCAGGAAAUUGAUGCUCCUUACGAUGAAUUAAAUACCAUAAAUUUCGGGGUCGGCAUAGAUGAUGGGAAAUGGCAUAGAAUCGGGAUAAGCAUGAAAGGGAAUGCUGCCACGCUGACACUUGAUUGUAACAGGCAGAUAACGAGAAGGCUCGACAGACGGAGCGGUGCCACGAUUGCCACCGAUGGCUUGAUCCUGACAGGAGUUCAGUUAGAGGAGGAGGCUGGGUAUUUCACCGGAGAUGUUCAGUUGAUGGCGGUCGUUGACACACCCGAUGCUGGUUUCGAGUUGUGCACAAAAUAUGCCCCUGAUUGCGAACAAUCAUAUAUAACGAGUGGGCGAUCUAACCGCGCUCCUGGCACAUACUCCUAUUCGUAUAACAAGACUAGCAGAACAGGCGAUGGAGGCAACGUUGUAUCAUAUACCACCUACAGCGAGACCAGUUCCGGAUCAGGAAGGGAAGGAUCAGGCCUGACAGCUACACCGAACCCUAUUGGUGGAGCAGGUGGCAGAACCACAACUUCAUGGACCAGUCAUAGCACAAGUGGAGGACGUGGUAGUGGCAGUACCUACACAAGCAGUAGUAGGAGUAGUAGUAGCAGCAGCAGGGGAGGGGGCAGCCAAACUGGCUCAGGAGGAGCGAUUAGUGGAUAUGGCACUUUAGGUGGAGGUGGUACUUUUGGUGGAGGUAGCGUAACUAGAACUUCCAGCAGUAGUAGCAGCAGCAGUAGCAGAGGAGGCUCUGAAGGAGGUUUCGGUGUAUUUGACGGCUCUGGAGGAGGCACAUUUGAAACAGGAUAUCGCACCACGAGUAGUGGAUCUCGAACAUCAUCAGCAGGCGGAAGUGUGAGUCGCGGGGGAAGUGCUGCAGCUGGUGCUGGUAUUGGGAUCACAGGAGCAACCGGAGGUGCAGGGGGCUAUACAAUAGAAACGUCCCGAUCUAGUGGUGGAAGAGCGAGUUCAGGUGCAUCAGCAGCUGGAGGAGGUGCAUUAAGUGGUUUCACAAUAGCCGGAGGAGCUUCGUCUGCAGGAGGCCAAACAGCUUCAGGUGGUCAAGCACAAAAUGUUUUCGGGCCAGUAUCUCCAACAACAACUGACUUUGACUCAUUAGAGGGAUAUGAUGAGAAAAUCGAUGAAAAGGUUAUCGAAGAUUACUAUGAUAUCGACUUGGAUAAAUUGAAUGCGGAUAUCAGUGAGGAAACUCAAAGGAAAAAAGGGAAAAAACCUAAAAAUGGGAAUAAGACGGAUAGCGGUCCUGAUGGAAAAAACAAAACAGUUGACUUCGACUCUUCACCAACUGGAGGAAAUGCCACCGUGGGGUUGGGACCUACAAAUAACGUAACCUCUGUUAGUUUAGGGGGAAAUUUCAGUAAUCGAACUACUGUUAUAACCACUUAUGCCCCAAAUGGACAAAUUUGUUACCCUGGACCUAGGGGAUAUACAGGUCGCCCGGGACCGAAAGGUGAUCCUGGUCCAAAAGGUGAACCAGGCAGAGAUGGGAUCCCAGGCCAUUCUGGCGCCCCUGGGCCACCAGGGCAUGUAUUCAUGGUUCCGAUUAGUCAAAGUGGCGGCAACGAAAAAGGGCCUGAUACACAAGCAGAAGCCAUGCGCCAGAUGCUCUCCCAGCACAUGAUGGCGAUGAGAGGACCUGAUGGACCCAUGGGGCUCACCGGUGUUCCAGGACCAAUAGGACCUCGAGGGUUACCAGGAAUUAAAGGCGAGCCAGGAGAUACUGGCGAACCAGGACCUAGAGGUUUGCGGGGACCGAGUGGCCCGCCUGGCCGAGAGGGUAGACGCGGUCGAUCCGGGCGUGAUGGUGAACGAGGUGUAGCCGGCCCAAUGGGUUUAAAAGGAGAACCAGGUCCUAUCGGUGGUAUUGGGUUACCAGGUGAAAAGGGCCACAGAGGAAUUCCUGGCUUACAGGGCGAAAAAGGUGACCGAGGUGUUGAAGGCUUGCCCGGCGAAGAUGGCCCACCUGGCUUGACAGGUUUACCUGGAGAGUUGGGUCCUCGUGGAUUCACAGGACCACGAGGUUUUCCAGGCCCACCAGGAAAUCCAGGAGUACCUGGUUCGGAAGGACCUCCGGGCGGCAAAGGAAAUCCAGGCCCACAAGGACAGCCAGGAGCUCCAGGACAAACCGGUCCUCCUGGUGCAAUCGGACCCCCGGGACCACAAGGAAAUCUAGGACCGCCGGGAAUUGCAGGACCUCCUGGAAAGCCUGGAUUACCCGGCUUACCCGGAAUUGAUGGUUCACCGGGAAGUCCUGGAAAUCCUGGUGUGAUUGGACCAAAAGGUGAUGCUGGCCCGCAGGGUGUUCAGGGUCCAAUUGGAUUUCCUGGACCACGAGGUUCCAAAGGCGAUGAUGGCCCUCGCGGUCCUAUAGGUGACAAAGGCGACAGAGGCGAUCGUGGAGCAGAUGGCGAGAAAGGCGAAACUGGUCCACCGGGCGAACGAGGGCCAACCGGUCCGGCAGGCACGACGGGAGCUGAAGGACCUGAGGGGCCAAAGGGUUUUGAAGGACCUCGGGGUGAAACUGGUUCCAUUGGAGCCCCUGGUGAAAAAGGGAAACAAGGAUUGCAAGGCGUUCCCGGAUAUCCAGGCCCAGCUGGAGAGAAAGGGGACAAAGGAGCUACAGGCGCACCAGGACUGCUAGGAAUGAAAGGUGAUCGCGGCCAUCCCGGACAACAAGGUGAGCGUGGGGAAAUUGGACCGCGUGGUUUUAGAGGUGCGAGAGGACGGCGCGGAGGGGAAGGUCUUCCAGGACCUAAGGGAGAUACCGGUCAGCCUGGCCCACCAGGACCCCAAGGUGAAGUUGGUGCUCAGGGCCCAGAAGGUCCACGCGGAUUUAUUGGCAUGCCAGGUCCUCCUGGAAAUAAUGGAAAGGAUGGUCCGCCGGGACCAGCUGGCGAAAGAGGAUCACCAGGAGAAACCGGCAAACCAGGACCAGUUGGUUUGCCAGGUGUAAUUGGACCAAGUGGACCUGCUGGAGAACCAGGACCUGCAGGGGAACCUGGAGUGCCUGGUUUACCAGGAUUGCCAGGGGAACCAGGAGCGCCUGGAGAAUCUGGAAAGGAAGGUUUGCCUGGUCCUCCUGGACAUGCGGGCAAGCCUGGACCACAAGGACCCGUGGGUCUCCCUGGAUUCCCAGGAGAACGAGGUCAUCAAGGUCAACCAGGUUUGCCUGGUCUUAAAGGUGAAGUUGGUCCACCUGGACAAAUGGGAGUGCCUGGAGAUAAAGGACAGCAAGGAGAAGCUGGAAAAGACGGACCUCCUGGACCUGAAGGCCGCCCAGGGUUACCUGGAAGCCCUGGAGCACCCGGGGCAAAGGGAGAGCGUGGCGAGCCUGGUUUAGCAGGCCCAAUGGGUCGAGAUGGAAUGCCAGGAUUAAGAGGUUUGCCAGGACCACCAGGACCUGCUGGAAGUCCUGGGGAAGAUGGCGAUAAAGGCGAUGUCGGUCCACCUGGAGAAAAGGGAAUUAAAGGCGGUCAAGGUGAAACGGGUCCAAUGGGAAGUCAAGGCACGCAAGGAUUACGUGGAGAGCCGGGCCCACCAGGUACCCCAGGUGAAAAAGGUCCCCCCGGAGAAAUCGGAAGACGUGGUGUUAAAGGUGAGGAUGGCCCUGUAGGUUUUCCGGGUCCGGCUGGCCCAGCAGGUCCGCAAGGAUUACCCGGACCUCCAGGAAUGAAGGGCGAACGAGGCGACGACGGUUUGAUGGGCAUGACGGGUGCUAUCGGCCCGCCAGGUGAACCUGGUAGGAGAGGACCUAUCGGAGCAGAUGGACCACCUGGGCCUCAUGGCCCUCCAGGCUCUCAAGGUGCACCGGGUGAACCUGGGCCCACUGGUCCACCAGGUGAGGUUGGUCCUGUCGGUAAAGAUGGAGAACGAGGCCCUGCUGGUCCAAAGGGAGAGGAAGGAAAGACUGGUGUACCAGGCCCGCCAGGAAAACGCGGUUCCCCGGGGCCUGAGGGCCCUAAGGGAAGCAUUGGUGCCAGAGGUUUUCCUGGAAACCGAGGAGAACCGGGGUUGGUUGGUGCAAAGGGUGAACCAGGACGUGAUGGCGAUGACGGCAAAAUAGGUGAACCAGGACCACCUGGAGAUUUUGGUCCUCCUGGUAGAGUGGGAGAACCCGGACCACCAGGAAAGAUGGGCCCUGAAGGACCAGCCGGAACGCAAGGUAACACGGGACUUCCAGGAGACAAGGGUGAUCGCGGCCCAGUGGGACCCACCGGACCGAUUGGCUUAACUGGUCCACAAGGAUUGCCAGGACCACAGGGAUUGCCUGGAUUACGAGGGUCCCCAGGACCUGUGGGUGAAGCUGGUUCUAUAGGCAAGCAAGGUUUACCAGGACACCCGGGCAAGCCAGGAGAUAUAGGGCCUAAAGGUCCCAAAGGAGAUCGUGGGCGUAGAGGCCUUAAGGGUCAUCGUGGAGAAUUAGGUUUAGUUGGAAGUAAGGGUGACCAAGGCGAAAAAGGAGAUCGAGGAAUUCGAGGACCGCAAGGUCCAGAGGGGGCUAAAGGUGAUACCGGCCCAAUAGGUUCCACCGGGCCUAAAGGAAAUGAUGGACCACAAGGACCACCCGGUUUGCCUGGGUUGCUUGGACCAAAGGGUAGUGAUGGCGCAGUCGGACCAAAAGGUGAAGAAGGACCGCCAGGACCUGCAGGACCACCAGGACCUCCAGGAGAAGCUCCCUUAUUACCUCCUGAACUUCUAUUUCAUCUUGAAGGAGGCUCCCCGGAUAAGGGUGAAACACGAAGAAGAAGAGAUGUUGACGAUGGAGUAGAAGAUAUCGAUGAUGACGAUAUCAUGGAAUUGAUGGGAGUGGAUAAGAACGCAGCAUCAAAGAAGAAGAAAAAGUCAAAAGCCAAAAAGGACGACUUAGGACCUAAAUUCCUCGAUAUGUAUAGUUCGAUAUAUUCAAUGCGUCAAGAACUAGAUAGAAUUAGGAAGCCAGUUGGCACUAGAGAAAAUCCGGUUCGGACAUGUCGGGAUUUGUACUUUGGACAUCCCCACUUCAAAGAUGGUUGGUAUUGGAUUGAUCCAAAUUUAGGAAUGCCAGACGAUGCUGUGUAUGUUUACUGCAACAUGACUGCUGAAGGCGAGACUUGCGUAUUCCCAGAUGUCCACAGCUCACAAAUGCCCAAUAUUCCUUGGAGAAAGGAGAACGGCAAAGACGAUUGGUACUCUAAUUUGAGGGGCGGAUUCAGAAUGACAUACGAGACUAUCGGAAUGGUACAAAUGACCUUCCUGAGGCUUCUGUCGCAACAAGGCUACCAGAAUUUUACCUACACAUGUAUGAACAGUGUCGGUUGGUUUAGUAGCAAGCUAGGAAAUUACGACCAAGCGAUUAAGCUUUUAGGCGACAACGAAAUGGAAAUUGCCCAGGACGGAACAGUGGUUAAGCCGACGGUCCCUGCCGAUGGCUGUAGGAGUGGCCGAACAAAGUCUGAGACAGUGUUCGAAAUAAGAACGAAACGCCUUCACUAUCUGCCGAUCAUCGACUUCUACCCGACCGACUACGGUGAACCUAACCAGGCCUUCGGGUUCCAGGUGGGACCCUUGUGUUUCAAAUAGCCGGGCACGACAGAUGGCUCCUACUUAAAUACGUACCUUAGAAGAUUCAACAUAAUGUAGUUAAUUAAUCGUUACGCAAUUCCAUGGCUUUCGCAUUGCUCUAGACACUCGUUCUUGCCUUCUAUGGAAAUCAAGCGAUUGCACUCUAUGUCUAUUUCCUUGUAUGUACAUAACUGUACCACUGCCAAAGAAAUAUUAUUUUAAAAAAAAAUUAUGAUGUUUUCACGAGAA